UAUUUUAUUACCCGUACGUGUAUGAAAUACUUUGACUGCUUGACAUGGCGAGUAGCGCGCUCAUUCAAAUUGUAAUUAUUUUUGUGUUAAAUUGGUGCGUCGGUGACGUCAUCGCCACGGAGCCUCAAAGACCUCUUUAUAGAGAAUGACGUGUACAUUGACUAGUUGGACCAACUUGUGAUAUGUUUCUUGUAGUAUUACAAAUGUGUAUAACUUUCUAAUCACUUUCAUUAUUUUAAUCAUGAUGUGGCUUUAGGGGUGUUUCCACAGUGAAGACAAAGUGUGUGUCUAUAGGGAGCAGUCAUCAUGGUACGCCUGACCGCUGACCUGAUCGCUAAAUCUAAAAACCACUUCAAGAAGAAGAACAGAGGGCUCUCGCUCCAAGACUACCUCAGGACUCUGACCCACCUGCAUUUUUCCAGCCAGAAUAUUGAGGAUAUUGGCGACCUGUCCAUGUGCAGAAACCUCACCGUCCUCUACCUGUACGACAAUCACAUCACGCACAUUUGCAACCUGGACUUUGCGUACAACCUCACCCAUCUGUACCUGCAGAACAACGACAUCACGCAUAUCGACAACCUCGCCCAUCUACACAAACUCUCCAAGCUCUAUCUGGGUGGUAACAGGAUUGCGGUGGUGGAGGGCUUGGAGGGACUGAACAAGCUGGAGGAGCUGCAUGUGGAGAGUCAGAGGCUGGCGCCGGGGGAGAAGUUGCUCUUUGACCCUAAGACCCUGUGCUCCCUUGCCAGAUCUCUCUGCGUCUUCAACGUGACCAACAACAACAUCGAUGAAGUCCGGGACCUGGCCGCGUUGUGGGAAAUCAAACAUUUUUCUGCUGCCGAUAAUAAAUUGGCCAAUAUCGAGGAAUUAGAGGAGGUGUUCGGGUCAUGGCCUUGGCUCCUUCAAAUGGAUUUACGUGGAAAUCCUGCAUGUAAGACCCCAAAAUACAGAGACAGACUGAUCACAGCGUGCACGAGACUCAAGGUGCUGGACGACCGCGACAUCCAUGAGGUGACCAGAGAGUUCCUCGUUAAUUGGAAAGCAUCCAAAGAAGCCAAGAAGAAGAAAAAUAAACACAUGAUCUCACCAGCCUUCACAAAUGGCGUUAUGAUGGGUCAUCAAGGUGCAUGUCCUCAUGUCUGCUGCCAUGGUAAAAUGCAUGGAUGGAAGCCGCAGCAGCCAUACAGGGUGCAGCAGCUAAAAAGCGCUCUGAACAGACAGCCCAACCAUGUGGCCGUCACGUCAGAUAUGUGCAGGCCUACACACACAUAAUAUCACUGAAGGCAUUUUCACACUUGUUCACUUGACUGUAAUGUCAAAUAUCUGUUAAAUAUAAAUACUGUUUUUUGUGAACUUAUAUGUGGAUGUAUAUGAAGUGUCUUGGCAGGGGUGUCCAAAGUUUGACCACUUGCAGCAAAAAUAUCAAAAUAUAGAAACUGAGAUGUUGAUACUAAUAACUGAUAUUAGUGCUUUGUUUUCAUAUAACUUUGUAUUGCUUUACAUAUACACACACAUUAUAUAUAUAUA